UGAAAACAUGGAACUAUGGUAAUUUCUACUAUGUCGAUUUUUCGUCUAUGCUGACGCGAUCCUUGAGACUCGUUUCUCUACAAAUCGUGGGUAUGUCUUCAGUUUCACCAGUGCCGUGGUUUCUGCUGCACAGAAAGUUCGUUGUAGGUUGGAGUCAUACGUUCUCGUUUAGGUUUAUGUCGUGACCGUGAGGAAAAUGGAGGCCUGCAC